AUGGCUACCCUUAAGGCCAACUGCGACCGACUACAGAAGAAGCACGGCUUCAUGGUAGCCUUACGCUACGACAUAAGGAUUCGAAACAAUGCCUUUGCCUUCAGAGUUGAGAAAGACGGCGAGGAAACCUUCUCAAACAUUUCCGUUUUCAAAACCGAAACGGCAGACGACGCCCACUCCGAGUCCAGAAAUUUCAACGAGCUAGGCGUAAAAGACAACCCUUACGCGAUCGGUGGAGCAAGAUACGGGUGGGACCCCCACACAGGCCAAAAGUCAGCAAAAACGCCGACCACGACAACAACGAACAACAACAACAACAACAAAACCCCCAGCACAGGUUCCUUCCAGUCGAAUCAGACACCCGUAAAUUCUUUACCCCCAAAACCAGACCAGAACAGACCCCCUAGGAGCUCUGGAUAUAAAGGCAGGAAUUACAAUCCCAACCAUGGUUCGUUGAACAGGCAACGUGGUAAUGAGUAG